AUGGAGGAAAAAUCGCAGAGAGGCUGUUCUGCUGAGGACGCAGACUACAUCCAGCGAAGGAGUCUUCAGGGGGGCGACGGUGAGAUGGGCUUUUCUCUCUCGGCUCUCUACGAAUCGCCGGAGAGGAAGCCGCCGACUCCUGGCUCCCUCUCUGCCCAACUCACACCCCCUCCUUCUUCUUCAUCGCCUUCGCCGGCUGCAACAUGUUCUCCUUCUGAUUCGUCAGCCUCCUCGGCGGCCGCUGCUUCAUCUGCAGGAGACGACGCUUCUCGCGCGUCCUGCCCGUUUGGCACGGCGCUCCCGCCAGUCGAUGUGGGUCGCUUCGCGUUGACUCCUCUGCUGAAGAAACUUCUUCACCUUCGGCAGGCUUUCGAGAGGCCUCUGCUCGACGUGUUUGGCUUCCCCUUCUUCCUGCGCCACCAGGUCGCGGCCGCGUCCUGCUGCUCCUGCUGCGCCUCCUGCUGUUGCUGCGACGUCUCGACCAGGGCGCCACGCAUGCAAGUCGCCUCAUCGUCUCCCCGUCCCGCUGCGGGCUAUCCCUCCGGCUCGUCCUCGGCGAGGGCUCCUCCGGCAGGAGCGCCUGUCGCCUCUCUUGCAGAGUGGCUAAUUCCACCUUGCGGAGCAGGGUCCCCGCCUGCAUGCACGCACGCCUGUGUCGAGCGGACCUGUCGAGUUUCCGCUCUGCAGGCGGCUGCGGCGCAGCUGGCUCGAACAAUGCAGUCUUCGCUAGAGAGCGCCCCGCGGGGAGCGUCAACCUCGUACGAGCCUCUGCCUGGGGAGGCUGGCGAUGCGGAGCGCCGGCGGAAGAACGGAAAGAAGAGAAGACGGCUGGUUGACGAGGACGUCGCAGCUGGGGUCGAGGAGGCCAGUCUGCCGGCUGACGCAGGCGCCCGCAGGUCGCGCGAAGAACGCGAAGUCGAGCUUCUACUCGCGAAGAACGUCCUCCGACAGAUUCGCUUGCCGGGCGUCGCCCAUGGGCAUCUCGUCCUCUUCUUCACAAGUGACUGGCUGCACUUCCUGCAGCGGUGUGUGUGGCGCGCGCAGCGCCAGGCGCUUGCGGAGCUGAGGAAGCAGCAAGGCAGCGGGAGCAAGCCCAAGGCCGAGGCGCAGGCGGGCGGCGAGGGCGCGGCGUCGCCCUGCGCGCCGAGCUUUCGACCCUCGCGGAAAGCGCUCAGCAGCGGGGCUGCCAGCGCCUUCUUCCCCGCUACGCAGCCGGAAGCACACCCGAGCAUGCGCAGACGGCGCGACGUCCUCUUGCAUUUGCCGUGUAACCUCGGGAAGCAACUCAGAGCGGUUCUCUCCGCCAACGUCCUGAGUGGAUGCCCGCACACGGAGCUGCGCACGGUGGCCGUCCAGCGCGCCGUGCAAGAGUACUUGCAAACGUGGAGAGAGAGGCGGCGAGAGGCUGGAGUCCUCCUCGAGGCUGCCUCGCGCAAGCGGCAGGAGCUGCGAACGGCGCUGCGCAACCCUGCCGCGGACGAGGAGACUCUGCGUGGAGUGUACGCGAAGAUGAAAGGCGCAGCGGACGCAGGCAGGGAGCGUGACGCAGCCGCAGUGAGCCGGCGAGGCUUGUCCGCAGGCGGCGGGAUGGAGAGGGAACGCUGCCGGAGGCGGCCGGAGGCUCCACCUCCAGCAGCAGCAGCCGGGGCCUCAAGCAGCCGCCACGAUGAAGACCUUCAGAGGAGGCGCGUGGCUCUCCUCAGGGUGGAAGAUGUGCUCGCCCGGGGAGUUAGAGGCGCCGAAGAGCUGCUGACCCUACGCGAGGCUUGGGCGCUGGGGCCCGGGCUGGGGGGCGGCGACGAGGCGAACUUUGAAGGCGGCACCACGGGCGGCAGAGAGUUGACCGCGGAACUCGAAAGUGGCGUCUCCGCAAGGUUUCUCAGUUCGUGGCAGCGGGCGGGCGUCGAUGAAGGAGAGGAGGACGUUUGCGAGGCGCGUGUGCAUGCACUCACGCGCUGCCUCCUGGGCCCCGGGGAGAACGGGGGGCCUUCCCUCUACGACGCAGGUCUCCGGUCGGACGACGCCGCAGCGGCGAGCGCCUCGCGAGGCGAUUCUUCGAGUGCUGAGGUGCGCGGCGCUUCGUCGGCUUUGCUCCUGAUCUGCGGAGGAGAGAGCCGCGACAGCUCCUCGGAGAGUGCAGAAGACCUCGUGCUUCUUCUGCUUCACGAACUGAAUUUAGUGCGCAGUGCAGUGGGGCGCGGCAGCUUGGCGCUGUGCAUCCCGCAGCAGGGCUUGCUGGUCAGGUGGCUGCUGGGCGGCCGGAAGGAAAUUCUGAGCCGGCUCCACGCACGCAAGUUCAAGGAGCUGCCGUGGGCGGAUGUAGAGCGACGGGGCUUGCUGCACACAGGACUCGGCUCGCGAUUCACGCUGCUCGAUUUGAGAGGAAAGGGAGACCUCGACGCCGUGGACAUCUCCUCGGGCCUGGUCGUCAGGCUGCGAGGCGAACUCCGCAGAGGCAUGCGCGUGUACUAA